UGAAAUGAUCAAUAUACAAAUCCUGGCUUAAGAGAGAAAGACUUUUUUCUUUGUGGUCACUGGGUUGCAGCAUGACCUGUGUUUUUUGAAAGUUGAUACCAAAGUUAAGGCAAAGUGUGGGGUUCCCCUGUUUUGUGGGGUUGAUUAAUGAUGUGGGUAAUUCCUCUCAUAUUAAUUAAUUCAAUUAAAUUGGUGAUUCUUUUUUGUCUUUUAAUUAAGUGCUCAGCCUUCCUCCUAGUGAUCAAUAUCAUGAUUUGGGUGAACUUGUCUUUUUUUUGUUUUUUUUCCUCCCCUUUAUUGAAGUUGGGGUCAUUUGUCUAAAUAUAUGUUGCUUAACACAUUUGGUGAAUUUAAAAUAUGAUUACAUGAUUUGGUAGUAUCAUCUGUCUUUCCUUAUUCCAAGGGUCAUUCAUUAUAUGAAGAAAGCUCAACAUUGCCAAAAUGUUCUCUCUGUCUCUGACUUGGUUUUCCAUUGUGAUAGUUGGUCUUUCCUUUUCUGAUGCUUAAAUACACAUUCAUGGCAUUAAAUUCACAAUCACAAUAGCAGAACGAGAAGGAUUUGGCUGACGAGGCUGGCUAUCUUCUUGUCCCUCUGAUCAGUUAAGUUAAUUCCUCAAACAUUUCCAUAAUGCCUUCUUCUGCUUCUUUUCCAAGCUAUUAAAGCAUAGUUCAUUCUCAUAUUGGUACCUCUGUUUCAGGCAACUAUGAAGAAAAAAUCUCCAGUGUACCCAAAAAAUGAGACAAAUGAUUACAAUAGUGAUGAAUAUGAUCCUCAUGCGGAGUUUUCUCAGUUUCUCGAAGAAGCGAAACUCAAUGUAAACUUUAACUUUGAGAUCUCAUCAGCCAAUAAUAAAGAAGAAGCUGGAAAGAGAGAACCGGAGCAAGGGAAGAAUAAGAAGAAGAAGAAGAAAGCAUGGAAAACGUUUCUUUUGCCAUGGUGGAAAGGUGAGAAAAAGAGCAAGUCUCACACGGAACAAGUGACCAAUUCUCGUGUUCCCAAUACAAAACGGGGUUAUGCAUCUGGUCCAGUUUAUAGCUGUGGAAUGGCUACAACAGAUAACAGGCCUCGGCGUCCGACCUCUGGACCAAUUGCUAGUCUUUUCAAUCCCACGAGGAGAGCAGACACUGAGGUACCCUAUUCGUGUCUUGACCAGCUUGGCUGCAGCACUGCUUCUACCUACGGCUACGGGCCUGUUUAUAAGGUAUCAUAGUAUUGCAGCACCACCGCACCAAUGGUGGUUUAGGCCAUCUCAAGGAGCGUUCAUUUGAUGGAACAGUAGAACAUGUUAACAACUGCUUUCUGAAUUUUGAACCGUGGCUGGGAUUGUAAUGCAGUUGAACAUGUUAAUUUGGAAGACAGGCACUAAUAAGUGGAUUUGGUUGUUUAUAUGAAUCAUUAGAGUUUUGAUUAAACCUUGUGUUUUUUCUGAUUUCGUGUGUCCUUGAUGCAUAUAUAAAAUCUAGAUAUGGUUUUUU